CGGACGCGAUCGAAGAAUCGCUGUAAGAACCAUUAUUCACUAACUCGGCGGCGAAAUGGCGACGAGCAGUCCCGGGCAAUCGAUACAUUUGAAAUCUCCGCGGAGUCCCCGUCAGCUACCUCAACUCGCUCAGAUCCCGAUCGGUGGCCAUAAGAGUCCCACGCAAUUGUCCGUCACCAAAACACCCAGCACGCCACUGGUGUUCGAAUUCCCGCCAGAAUACUACCCCGAGAUACCCAACUCGAACUUCGACUUCACAGAAUUUGGCCGCACGAACGAGUCAGAACGUCCACCGAGGAGUCCAGGCUACUACAGUCGCAAAGGAUGCAGGAGCCCCAAGAGUCCGAAUAGGGACCUGUUGCACUCGCCGGGCCGAAAGUUGCCCUUAUUCCAGGUGACCGAAUCGAGGAAGUGUCUAGGAAAGACUAUGAGCUAUCCACCAAAGAGUCCCAUCUCUGAGCCACCGAUGAUCCCAACUAGAUCGUCUAGUUCCUCGAAUUUCGGCCCGAAGAGCCCAAAACCAUUCGAUCACAGAAGAAACUCGUGUUUCGGAUUAAACGGAUCGAAGAGUCCUAUGUCGUCGACGAUCGUCACACCGACCUCCCACGGUCUGCCCAGUCCGAAGUAUUCUGAACUGAAUAUAGAACAUCAGUCGCAGAACAGCGGGAAUUAUAAGAACGGUUCGAGGACUUCUUCCGUGGAAGGCUCGUUUAAAGACAGGAGCUACAGCCCGGCUGAAGACAAGUGCGCGAAGAAAAGCGGCCACUUUAAUCGGAGUCAAGGAUGCCUCGACGAGACUGGAAAGGGUCAGAGCAAUGGGGACGACGCUACCUACGGCAAGAACAUGUCGAGGAGGUCCACCAGCGACUUGACGGAGAUCGAGGACGCGGACACGGAAGUGACGCUGUUGUCCAGUCCUAGAAGAAGAGGCUCGAUGAAAGGUGGACUCGCCUACCUAGCGUCCAGGCGGGGCUCACGCGACAGCCAGUGCUCCAAUUUGUCGAAUGUCAGCAACGAGGACGUAGGCCCGCUGAAUUUUCAGGUUCACCCGCGCGGCAGGCAGCGCAGGACCUCUAACUUCCUGGAACUACCAGUGCCAGAUCACAUCAGACCACGUGUACACAGUUUACCGGAGAAAGCGUACAACCCGAGAGCCGGGGACGAUCUUUAUCGACUUCGUGCGUUCAGCAUCACCCACAGAGGGAUCGUUAAUCGCGGAGAUUCGAUUAUUUCGAGGCGCAGCAGGAGCAACACUUCCGUUAACAGCAGCAGGAACAGUAACGUGUCGGGCGAAAGGUCGCCAUUCGACGGUUCCUGCUGUAGCGGACAGGGCGUCGCUGCAGACAGCACGGAAAGCGAUGAAAUCGACGAAAUCCCGAAAUACCGUGUUGUGUUGCUCGGGGAUUCUGGAGUCGGGAAAACAGCCCUGGUCUCGCAGUUCAUGACCAGCGAGUAUAUGAACACCUACGACGCCAGUCUAGAUGACGAAUUCGGCGAGAAGACAGUCUCGAUCCUGCUUGAUGGCGAGGAAUCGGAAAUGGUGUUCAUCGAUCAUCCCCACGUGGAGAUGAGCGUGGAGAAUUCUUUAUCAACGUAUGACCCGCACGCUUGCAUUGUCGUCUACUCUAUCGUGUCCCGUACGAGUUUCCAAAUUGCCGAGGAAAUAUUGAAUUAUCUGUGGAGGGAGCACUACACCCAGGAGCGAUCGGUUAUCGUCGUCGGCAAUAAGUCCGAUCUGGAGAGAUGUCGCACAAUCACGUCCAACGAGGGGAAACAGCUCGCUACAUCUAGGGAAUGCAAGUUCAUUGAGACGUCUAGCGGUAUACAGCACAACGUGGACGAACUUCUAGUGGGCGUCCUCAAGCAGAUCCGGCUACGAGAGACGCGCGAUAAGAAGUUACGGCGGCAGGGCAGCAAGGGAAAGAUUCUUUCGAAGCUUCACGGCAGCAAGACCGCUCUCAGCUUAAACCUCGCCCGGGAAAUACUGAGCAAGAUGUGCUUGAACGACAGCAAGAGCAAGAGUUGCGAAAAUUUGCAUGUGCUCUAAAAAUAGUCGCGCACAAUACCGAUAAUCUCGGCACGAAUAAGUCCGACUUUAUUUUGCGACCGUUUUAACCCUUUGCACUCGUAUGUCGUGCUGGAUAAUGAUAAUACAAAUUUAUUAUAGAACGUUGGCAAUUGUUUUGAGAAGUUCAACACUUUAAUAGAUUAUAGGAAUUAAAUUUUAUUAUAAAAAUAAAUAAAUAAAAUAAAUAUAAAACGUUGAAUUCUACCAGUGUAAAUUACUUUAAUUCAUUUCCCAAAAAAUAAAUACAAGUUUACACCCAAGACAUUGAAAAUACGUCGAGUGUGAAGGGUUAAAUAUCGAGACGCUGGAAUACCAAAUGGAUCACGACUUUUUGACAAUAUAUUAAUGUUAACGAUUUGUCGGAAGCAGAAAGAAUAUUGUUUGUUGAAAGUAUUGAGAGAGUCAUCUAAAAUUAGAAUCUGAAAUAUGCUACUUGUUGUAAUGAAACUGGAUAAUUUAUAAGGAAAUAUUAAUUCAUUUCGAGGGGGCUAAGACUCUAAUGAAGAUUUUAUUAUGUUUUAAGAUAAUCUUUAUUUAUUAUUUUAAGAUGUUAUUUUAUUGAAAGCCAAAUUUCCCGAAAAUUUAAUGUGAUUCGAAUUUUUUAAAAGUGGAUUAUGUAAAAGUACAGAGAAAACUUGAUGUUCGUUCAAAACUUCAAUUUAAUGGAUAAGAUUCAGAGGGUCUACCUCCGGAUCGCGCUAUUUAAAUUAGAGUAUUCUGCCACAUGUGUGCACCUGCGAGUAUUUACUUCACAAGUUCAAUAUUCCUAACAGCAGAAUUAAAAUUUCGAUCUAAGGAAAAUUAAUAAUAUACACGUUUGUUAAAUUCCGUUUCAUAUUAUCACUGCAAGUCUAACUUGUCAUGAAACAAGAGAUUGAAAUCUACAAACCGAUGCACUUUUAACCUUUCAGGUACUGCUGGACUAUCAACGGAGCUGUUUAUUUGUACCGCAGAAUUCGACGCAGAAUGCUCGUUAACAGUUCAGUACUGCAAUUUGUGUUUGAUAAUGCUUUUUACUCCUUAGUACGUUAGUUAAUUUAUUUUCUUUUUUAAAUAGAACAAGGCGACAUGAACAUAUGUGCUUUAAUAAUUAACCCGUUUGCUACCAGCAUUUCUUUCAAUAACAGACGCCGUGGCUACAAUAUUUUAACUCUUUGAGUGUUGAAUAUUCCCAGCCGAAAUGUUCCAUAUGGACGGAAUAUUUCUUUGCUCAUUUGAAGACCGAUGAAUUAUGUCAAUUCAUACAAUUAAGUAAAUUCUAAUUAAACUGGAAUUGUAAUUACUCAGUUUCACCAAAUUGAAUAAUGCUAAGAAACGCGUAUAUUAACACUGAAACUAUCAGAUGGGUUACAAUGAUUCACUCCUGAUUUCUUCUUUUUGCAAUUAUUAAAAAGAUAACAGAUGUUUCUCUGAGAAAUUAUUAAACAAAUUGAUUUAGCAAUACACAAACUGAGUUGUAAAUCACUUAAAGUCUCGAUAGAUGCACUCUUGGAGCUUCUAUAGAGAAACUACAAUAACUCAAUUCAACUGCUCGGCAGUUUUAGUAUUAAUUACAUAUACUCAUAACUGUCACUACGACAUGUGUAAGAUGAAAAAGAUCGAAAAACACAUAUAUGCACCCAUAGUCCACAGCGAUGACUUUCGUCGGACAUAUAUACUCGUUCACAGCACUCAAAGGGUUCAAUAAACAUAUCGUUUUUAUAAAAUACAAAUUAGAAUCAAGAAAAAAAAUCUCCGCCACUUCCUGCACAUUAUACCAUGCGUUACAAUAUUAGAUGAAAACAUUCGUAAAUGUAAUUUACUCUUCUUUGCACAAAAUAUGAACAUUGAUCGUCGCAAAUAUGCGACGAUGGUAGCGAAUGUGUUAAUGGUACAACUUAGUAUAAUAUAUUUUAAAAUACGGUGCGAUAUGUAGUCACAAUUUUGACACUUGUACCGUCCCCUUCGUCUAUCAUUUUUUGAAUACACGAUGCAGUUCCAAUGGAGCAUCUUUCAAAGAUGACAUUCGUGAAAACCACUUCAAUGGCUUGCAGUACUUAAGAGGUUAAUGGAACAACUGAAACCGUCGCUUUACUGUUUACAUAUCACAGCUGAAGGAUUCGUGUAUUUCGAGUUUUCUU